GGGGAAAUAUCCGCGGCGGGAGGCUGUUUAUCCAUUUGUAUCCUCGACGGCGCGAGAGUUUUGCCUGCGACCGACGACGAUGGCCACCGUCGCGGCGACCAUGGCGACGCCGACGCCGACGCGCCACCGCCAGUUCCGCGUGCGCGCCGCCUGGGACAUGAACCCGGGCGCCGCCACCGUCGCCGUGCCCAAGCCGUCAAAGGCCAAGCCCAAGCCCGCCCUGGGGCAGUCGCCGGCGACGGCGACCACCCCGGCACGCGCGCCCCCUCCCACGCACGCCGACCUCUUCGCGCGCAGCAGCGAGGACCAAGCAAAGAAGAGCACGUACAUGGGGUUUGAGAAGUGGUGGUUGCCGCCCGCGCCGGAGGUGAAGAAGCCCCGUUCACUCUACAACGCGGCAUCGCUGGCAUACUUGGGGGACUGCAUAUAUGAACUCUAUGCUCGGAGACACUUCUUCUUUCCUCCACUGAGCAUCAAUGAAUACAAUAAGCGUGUGAUGGAUGUUGUGAAAUGUGAAUCACAGGAUCUGCUGCUGAACAAACUCCUGGGAGAGGAUUUUCUAACUGAAGAAGAAAGGGACAUACUUCGUUGGGGAAGGAACAUUGUUAGCAGCAAAACUCGUACAAGAAAACGGGCAGGAAUUGCAGUGUACAAUCGAGCAUCUUCACUUGAAACACUGAUCGGAUAUCUUUACCUCACGAAUUUCAAGCGCUUGGAGCAAAUGAUGUUCCAGUUAGGAUUCACAAGUGGUGCUUCGUCACAAAAUAUUGCAGAUGAGCUGCGCUCAAGCUUCCAGAAAACAACCUCAACUUCUGUACAAUCUCAGCAACCUGCAAAGCGAUGAGCAGUUUCAGUAUGUAAUGAACUGAACCGGAGUUUCUUUGAUGAUGCAGCGACUGAUACAAGCACGCGCCACUUGCGGCACAUGUGUUCCAAAAGUUAAACUUAAAAGAAAAAUGAGUGAAUGUUGUUUGUGUGUAGGCAAGAUCGAGUUAGUUGAGGAACAUAUAUGAUCGUGCAUACUAGUGGCCGUGCAAGAGGCUGAUGAUUCUGAUCGGAAGAUUGUGGCACAUCGAGGUCAUGAUGAUUCUGAUCUGAAGAUUGUGGCACAUUAAGGUCAUGAGCACAAUUGAGACCCAGCUUUGUGUGGAUUCCGUGUAAGAUGCGAGAUCUAUGGAAUGAAUUGAUGUUGAUGCUGAUAUAAUCUCAGUUUAUUCUAGGGUAUAUUUCCCAUUCUUGUUAAA